AUGCGAUUUUCUUUUGAUAAAAUCCCUGAUCUUUCUGGAAAGGUUGCAAUAGUGACAGGUGGAAACACUGGUAUAGGAAUCAUAACAGCAAGAGAAUUAGCCCGUAAAAAUGCUCACGUAUUCGUUGCAAGUCGUAGUAGAGAUAGAGGUGAAUCAGCUGUAGAACUAAUAAAAAAAGAAACAAAAAAUGAUGCAGUUGAAUUUUUACAAUUGGAUCUACAAAGUUUAAAUUCUGUCAAACAUGCUGCUGAAACAUUUUUGGCUAGAAAAUUGCCAUUGCAUAUUCUCCCAUUUGCGACAACUGUAGAUGGUAUUCAAGAUCAGUUUGGCACUAAUCAUAUUGGCCAUUUUGUCUUCACACUCUUACUGUUACCAACUAUCAAAGCUUCUGCUCCAUCCCGCAUUGUAAAUACUGAGUUAACGCGUGGAGUGGUUGCUGACUGGGGAUCUUGGGUAAAGCCAAUUAUCUCCUUAGUUGGCUUUUUCAAAUUAUCAGCUGAUGAUGGUGCUUUAACUCAACUUUAUUGUGCUACAAGUCCUGAAAUUGAAGAAAAAAAUCUCCGUGGAUUAUAUUUUGUACCAUUUGGUGAAGUAGGUGAACCUUCUACUCAAGCUAAAGACGAAGAAUUGGCAAAAAAAUUAUGGGAUUUUUCUGAAAGUUUCGGUAAAGGAAAGUUGGGUGAUGACAUUUUUAGUAAAAGUUUUGCAUAA